GUCUGUCACCUGGUCCACUUUCGUUCACCAUGGCUCCUCGCGUUCACAUUAAGCAACAGCAAACCCGUUCGCAAUCAUGCCGACUUGACAUUCUGAUUGUCGGGGCUGGCCUGGCAGGACUUGGCUCCGCCAUCAGUUGUGCCCUCGCCGGACACUCCGUUCAUAUUCUGGAAGCCGCCCAUGAACUUAAAGAAGUCGGCGCUGGUAUUCAGGUUCUUCCGAAUAGCUCGCGCGUUCUCCAGCAUUGGGGCCUGGAGAAGGCGUUGGCCCCGCAUAUGACGGUUCCAAGUGUCUGUAAUUUUCUUGGGUGGAAGGGUAACAAGAUCUCCUACUUGGACUUUCAUGAAUCUGAAAGCAAUUACCCUGGGACAUGGUAUCGGGACUUUCACCGUGCUGAUCUCCAGCGGUGUCUGGUUGACAGAGCUCUCGAGCUUGGGGUGCAAAUGACCUGCAAUGCACGCAUCAGAACCGUCCAUGUAAGCGACGAUGGGGUCACAGCAACCGCCAUCGCAGCGGAUGGUAGGCACUGGAAAGGAGAUCUAGUGAUCGGGGCCGACGGCGUGUUUGGAAAGCUGACGGAGGAGCUGCUUGGGCGCAGCGAUCCACCGGUCAAAACGGGGGAUCUCGCAUAUCGUCUAUUAUUAUCCACGGAAGAGAUGCGAAAAGACCCGGAACUGGCACCUUUUGUGAACAAUCCACAGGUCAAUUAUUGGCUGGGUCCAGAUGCUCAUGCUGUGAAUUACGUGCUUCGCGGCGGCGAUCUAUUCAACAUGGUCUUGCUUGUCCCAGACGAUAUCCCGGAGGAUUCCCUCGCAUCCACGAUCGAAGGCAAUGUGGAGGAGAUGUGCGCCUUGUUUGAAGGUUGGGAUCCCCGUAUCCAAAAGCUACUUAAGCUCUGCCAGUCGGUGCAGAAAUGGAGGCUGUGCAUUCGCUUUGGCGAAUUCGAUUGGUCUCAUCCAUCUGGUUCAUGGAUUGUGUUGGGCGAUGCUGUGCAUGCGACCUUGCCGUAUCUAGCUUCAGGGGCUGGUAUGGCCUUUGAAGACGGUGCCGUUCUCGGUGAAUGCUUAUCUCGUCUCCCCGACUGUACCGAUAUCGCGAAGACGUCGCACGAGUUCCUGGAUGCCAAAAGGCACGCCCUGUCCGUGUUCCAACAGUGUCGCAAGGAACGUACGGCGAUGGUAGUGGAUCGAGGAAACAUUCAGCAAUAUUUAUACCACCUGCACGAUGGCCCUGAACAGCAGGAACGGGAUCGCAAGAUGCAGAUGACACCCACGCCUGAAGGCGAGGCUUUGGCUUGGAGAGAUCCCGGGUUGGCUCCAAAACUAUUGGGAUAUGAUCAUAUUGCGGAUCUGGAACGCCGAGCUAUCUUCUCCAAGCGCUGGAUUCUCCUCACUCAUUCAAGCCGAUUCAGCCAACAAGGCGACUUCCUCUCCUUCACCGUUGCAAACUUCUCAUUCUUUCUGGUCCGAGAUCGCGACGGCCAUAUCAAUGGUUUCCACAACAUCUGCCGGCACCGCGCAUUCCCGGUCGUUCAAAGCCGUUCAGGAUCGACCUCCAUUCUGAGCUGCAAGUACCACGGGUGGUCCUACGGACUCAAGGGAAAUCUAGCCAAGGCACCGCGCUUCGAAACGGUUCCAGAAUUCGACAAAAGCCAGCAUGGGUUGCUUCCCGUCCAUGUUCACAUCGACAAGGCCGGCUUCGUUUGGGUGAAUCUGCAAGCGGGCUCGCCGGAUGUCAGAUGGGAGGACGACUUCCGGAACAUCGACGAGCAACCACGGAUGCAAGAUUUCAAUUUUGCCGGGGAAUACACAUUCGAUCACGAGUGGGAAAUGGAUUUGGACGCCAACUGGAAGGGAGUGAUUGAGAAUUACAACGAGUGUUAUCAUUGUGCCACUUCUCAUCCGCUCAUCAGUGGGGUGUCGGAUCUGCCUCGAUAUCGCGUGGAGCCCACGGCGGGAUACAUGGAGCAUCACAUCUUCAACAAGGAACAGAUCGACGCCCAGUUUAAACGGGCCAUUACUUAUUUCUUCCCAACCACCUCGGUCACCGUCACUGAAAAAUUCUUCUAUAUCCAACGUAUGAUCCCGAUUUCUGCAACCAAGAGCAAGAUUGAGAACGAAGUAUAUCGUCAUCAAGACGCGACGGACAAGGAAUUCGAUGACAUCAACGCCUUUUAUCGACAGGUGCUGGACGAGGAUAAGGAGUUGUGUGUCGGCGCACAGCACAAUCUGGGUGGUGGAGUCUUUGUCAACGGCGAGCUUCACCCGGACAAGGAACAGGGACCGAUCUUUUUCCAGAAGAGGGUGAGGGAGAUGCUCAAGGAGCACCGAAAGAAGGAAGACCAACAAGGCGGACACGAAAUAUGGCCUGCCCUUCCGAAACAACCUGAAAGCUGGACCGAGAAGCAGGCUGAUGAAGAGCGAUUCUGUUCACAAUUAGAGGCCGCCGCCUGCACGAACCAAGCGGAGCUGACAUGGUGAUUCGAGGGACUUGGACGACUGGGCGGUAUGUUAGGCGGUGCCCAUCAUGCGUUUCUGUAGCGUGC